CUUCAGAAGACCCGAUGGAAAUCGAAUGGUGUCUGUCAUAUCAACUCAGAAAAUGAAAAAUAUAAACUAUUCUGGAAUGGUCAAAAGACGGCCAAAAAUGGUGUUGGAAUUUUUGUCAAAGAACCCCUAGACCAAGAAGUACUGGAUAUUAAAAGAAUUAACUCACGUCUCAUUUGGAUCAAGCUUCGCCUAGAAAAGCAAACAAUGACUAUUUUGUCUACAUACGCAUCACAGACAGGCGAAUCGGAAGUGAUGAAAAAUGACUUCUGGGCUGCGUUCUCAGAUACCAUCUCAACAAUACCAAAAUCUGAAACAAUCCUGAUCGGAGGCGAUCUCAAUGGCCUCGUUGGAGAGAAAACAGAUGGUUUUGACAACCUACAUGGCGGUUUUGGCUAUGGAGAAUAG